CUUCGUCUCUUGCUUCAACGCCAGUCUAAGCUAUGUGUAAACGCUGCUUGCAUCUGUUUGGCUUUGCGGCAGCGUCUUGCCGGUCUCUUUGCUUCCGGCUAUAAAAACGACCUGAGUCUAGUCCCAUUUCAUGACAAGUCAUGCUUAUGCCCCUGCGACACUAGCAAAGAGAUAUUUGAGAAACAUGUCGAUUCGGAUCAAGAUUCUAUAGUUCUGGAGGAGAUAUUUGCCGCUAUGUCACCCAAAUCGGAGGAAGAUUUGCAAAAUUUUGUAUCUGCAUGCCAGGCUGGAACAAAUCUUCUUGCUCCCUCUUUGUCCAGACUCAACGAUGAAGUCGAACGACUGGCUAGUCACUUGUCUUCCUGCCGGCCUUUGAUUUCUAUAUCAGCAAUGUCGCAGUUUUCUCCACUUCAUCAGCUCUCAUUAUUACAUUUAAAAUCACAAGAAAUAUCUCGAUCAACUAUUGAUGAGGAGCCGACUCAUCAGUCAAUACCAGUCUCGUUCGAGCGACUAGUUGGCAGCCAUAUAACAAAUGAUGCUCUUCGACCAUUUGGACAGGAGGCACUUGUGGCUGAAUUAACGAAUCGACUGGCCUGUGCACAACAUCUUCUUGCUGAGAAUCUACCAUCGGAAGCUAAGCAAGGUAAAGUUAGUUGGAAGGAAUUCGUUAUAUGA